GCGAAAUACUGCCAAAAAUCCGAUGGUGAACGGAUGGAUAUAAAUACGAAAGCGUCCGCGAAGCAGACAAGCAGUUUAGAACCAAACUCGAACGCGACAUCAUGUAUUUGCUUGUGAACUUCAUCAUUGCGUUGGCCGUGAUGCAGGUGCAGGCCGGUUCCUACGUCCCAGAUUCGGAUCGAAACACACGGACCCUGCAAAACGAUCUACAGGUGGAGCGGGAUGGUAAUUACCGGUACGCCUACGAGACCUCCAAUGGAAUAUCCGCCUCGCAGGAGGGACUGGGUGGCGUUUCCGUCCAGGGAGGCAACAGUUACACCUCGCCAGAAGGCGAGGUCAUCAGUGUUAGCUAUGUGGCCGACGAGUUUGGCUACCAUCCUGUGGGCGCCCACAUUCCCGAGGUGCCGGCCUACAUACUGCGCGCUCUGGAGUACAUCCGAACGCAUCCCUACCAGAUAAAGGAUUACUACACCGGCGAGCUCAAGACCGUGGAGCACGAUGCGGCUGCGUUCAAUGUGUAUUCGCGGAAAAACCAGGAACCAACGACUCCAAGAACCCGACAGAGCACCACACCGAAAACCAUAUACCUCACCCAUCCGCCCACGACAACAUUGCGACCUUUGCGAGAAAGACGAGGCGCUUCGAAGCAUUGAUGAUCGAUGGUCGGAAAUUUUUUGGCGGGGGGAGGGUUUGGUCUCUUAGGAAUUCACCAGGCGAAUCUGUGAAGUUUGAUCUAAGCAAUUAAUUAAGCCACAAGCAAUAAAAACAAUAAAUAAAUAAGCUAAGCAAGCGUAAGCUGAAAUGUAAAA